CAGAUCAGUGAAACCAGAAAAGAAUUCACAAGUAGCCCAGAGGGUGGAUGAAAUGGAGGACUGGGAUAAUCCUGCUUCAUUGGGAUCCACAGAAGCCAAAGAGAACUCAGCGAACAGAUCAUGUGAGAAGCUGGAAUGCUACAUGGUCCUGACGCAAGCAGAGAAGAUGGCGAUCGGCUCCAUCUGUUUCCUGGCAGGUCCGACCACACUGCUGGAAAACGUUUUGGUGCUGGUUGUGAUCGCCUCCACAGCCUCUCUCCGCCAGCGACCCUCCUAUCUCUUCAUUGGCAGCCUCGCUCUGGCCGAUGUCUUCGCCAGCUGCUUCUUCACCACAAGCUUUCUGGACUUCCACCUCUUUCGCCGCAGCGAUGGCCCCACUGCCUACCUCUUCAAGCUAGGUGGUGUCACCAUGGCCUUCACCAGCUCAGUGGGAAGCUUACUGCUGACUGCUCUGGACCGCUACCUCUGUAUACACCAGGCCUCCAGCUAUAAGGUGCUGCUGACCCGGCGGCGAGCCCUCCUGAGCAUGCUGAUCCUCUGGAGCGCCACCAUCUUCAUCUCCUUCUUGCCCCUGAUGGGCUGGAGGUGUCCCACAGGCCUCACUUCACCCUGCUCACACCUCUUCCCCUACAUCAACCAGGGGUAUCUGGCCUGCUGGACCAGCUUCAUCCUGGUGCUUCUGGCUCUUAUUUUGGGGGCUUACGCUCUCAUCCUGUGGAAGGCUCACCGCCAUGAAUUGUCUAUGAACAGCAUACAGGGACCAGCAGGGACAGGCCACAACCGCAUGAGGAUGGAUAUCCGGCUGGCUCGUACCUUCGGUCUGAUCCUGUUGAUACUCGUGGGCUGCUGGCUUCCGGCACUUUCCUUCAUGCUAGCUGAUGUCUCUGUGAACCUGACCCUCUCCCAGCAGAGGGCCUUUGCCUUUUGCAGCACCCUCUGCCUGGUUAACUCUGCAGUCAACCCACUGCUGUACGCCCUGCGCUGCAGAGAGCUGAGAAUCGCCCUGUUGCAGUUACUACUGAGGCUUUGGGAGAUCGGGAGGUGUAAAACAUCCACAGAGGAUUUAACUCCUGAACUGCCCUCUGCAGACGACAACAACUUUACUGCAAUCUCCGAGGACGAGACGCCCCAGCUCAGAACCACACAACUCAACUCCAUCUCUGGGAUCGUCAACAACAAUCAGCAGCUGGACGUCGGGAAAUGAAGGAAGUGGAGAGCUGAAUGGAAGAAGUAGCUAAAGACAAAUAUUUAUAGAGAUGUGCUUGUAGUGUAGAUGAUGACUCAAAAAAAACCUUACUGUUGAUUAAGAGUCAAAUCUACAUGAAACCCACUUGGAGGAUUCCUGAUCAUAAAUAGCUUAAAGUGGUAAUAAUUGAAUAUGUCUAGUGUGGUAAAAAUUAUUUGACAUUAAGUUCUAAAUUUGUUAGUGGAUAAAAGUGAUGCCAAACAUCAGAGAGUCUAUGAAAACAUGCAACAUAUUGUGUUUUACAUUCAAAUUUCAACAACUAUAAAACAGAGUUUGUAAGUAAUUAGUUUUUCUUAAAUCAAAAUUACAA